CAUUUCCAAUUUGUGUCUCCGUGAAAAGGAAAACCAAGUGUUAUACUCCGUGGGAAAAUCCAAAGAGUUGUGUGUAUGGUAACACUGAAGCUGUUUGAUCGUGAAAUAGUGUAAAAGAAAAAAAUAGAGUGCAAUAGGGUAUCAUAAAAAGUUUUUUUUUAUAAUUUCAAAGAAAGGUUAAAAACAAAUAACACACCGUCCCAAUGUUUAUUGUUGUAUAAGUAAACAAGCAUAGUAACCAAAAUUGUUUACGAUAUUUACAACGUCUCAAGUUAUGUAUUUUUGUAUAUGGAACUUUUUUUUAUUCGAAUAAAAUAUGACAUCUGUUGUCACAGAACUGUUGCAGUCUGCAGGAAAAUUAAAUAGAGAAACCAUAGAAUUAAAGAUUAAUGAUUUAAAGACAAAACUUGAAACUAUUAAACAAGAAGUUCAACAUAGUUUGGAAAAUCAGUACAAGGACUUUAUCCCACAGUAUCUCAAGCUUGAUGAUAUAAUCAAAAAUUUGGAUAAAAUUAGUAGUCGAUAUGAAGCAUUACACAACCAUAUUGAAAAAGAGCUCAAACCACAGAUGGUCAGUUCUGUUACAGAAUUUCAUGAUGUUGUAGAAGACCUAAAGAGGGCAAAAAAACUGGAAAUCAUAGCAUCAAACCUUAUUUUAUUGUAUCAGUAUUUAGAUAAAGAAAAAAGCGCAUUGUUGCAAACUUCAUAUGUUAAUGCUGCUCAAUAUCUAAUAGACUUUGAAAAUGUGUAUAAUUCUGUAGAUUUAGAAAAUCGAGCAGAUAUAGCUGUUUUACAUUCUCUCAGAACUGAGUUUAUACUGGCUAGAGAAAAUCUAAUAUACCAUUUGGGAAAAGUUUGGCAGCAAAAACUUGUAAUUAGCUGGUUUGAAGAAGGUAAUGAUAGAAAAGUUGUGUUUACAAUACAUAAAAAUGCACAUGAAGAUAAAGAAUUGUUUAGAGCUUUGAAGUUGCUCAAUAAUCUUUUGCCUCUGUUGAAGCAGUUUGGAAAACUAUUUUUAAACAUGAUUUGUGAUACUGUGCUACUGAACACUAUUAAAAUUGAAAAAUCAGAAAUGUCAUCUGUUUUAACAAUCAAUAUUAUCAGUGUACAAAGUCCAACUCCAGUAAAAGUAUUUGAAGCGCUAAGUUGUAUUUUUAAUUUUCUUUAUGAAGAAUUCUUUCAUUUACCAAAUACUGCAGUAGAAAAUACACAUUCUUCUUCAACCAUGAAUGAUUUUGGAAUGGCAAUUGGUGAUGAUUUUUGCUCUUUAGUAAUUGAAAAAUGCUUGAAGUCAGCAAUUCCCAAACAAAGCAACCAACUGGAAAAUUUUCGCAAAGAAAUUCAGGCAGCUGAAAAUUUUUGUAAUACUCUGAAACAGCUGGAAUUUUUUAGUAUGUCUGAAAAUAAACUUCUGAAUUUUAUACAUAAUGUUGACACCCUGCCAGUAAAUAAGAUGGCUCAGGAUAUCUUGAGUAGAGCCCGAUUAUUGAUGCGAAAGGGUUUACAUGAAACUAUGACCAUUGGUGAAGAAUCUGCUGCAGUCUUGGAAAAUGAAAAUUCUCAUGAUUUGAAUGAAAUCGCUAGAACAAAAAGUGGCCUCAGUAAAACUACAUUUUUGUUUCCUAAAUGCCAGAUAAGUGUUUCAGUAAAAGAACUGCAGAAUCUUCUUUAUGAAGUUAAAAAUGAAGCAAAAAUUAUUGGAUCUGUACAUUCUGUGCGACUGUAUUAUGUUGCCAGAAAUAUAUGUGAAUUGUAUUGUUGUGUUGUACCUACUUUUCAUAAAGAUGAAAUUGAAAAUAUACCUCUUCAAACAGCUAUAUUCCACAAUAAUUGCAUGUAUUUAGCACACUGCCUUUGUACUCUUGGUAACCAUUACAAGUGUGAUCUUACACCAAAUAUUCCGAUGACUUUUAUUGACUUGGUGCCAGAAAUUCGAAAACUGGGGACAGAAGCUUUCCUUUUUCAAAUGAGACAUCAAAGACAACAGCUUCUUCAGUUAUUAAAAGAACAGAAAGAUUACCAAAGUAUCAUGGUUGAUGAUGGUCUAGUUAAUAAAGCUGAAAAAGCCAUUCGACAGUGCCUUUGCCAGCUGCAACUAUUAAAAAAAGUGUGGUCUGAUGUUCUACCAGUGGAAGUAUAUUUUAAAGCAAUUGGGACUUUACUGAAUACUUGCUUAGAAGAAAUAAUUGCAAAUAUAUUACUAAUAGAAGAUAUAGCAGCAGAAGCUGCUGCAAAAUUGGAUAGCAUCUUUGAUAUACUUUUAAAGGAAGGGCCUGACCUUUUCAAGGUAUCAUCCAUAGAUAAAAGUAAUUUAAUACAUCUCUAUGUCCGAAGCUUGUUCAAGUUCCAGGAAUUGCAAUUAAUAUUCAGUGCUAGUAUGAAAGAAAUUGUUGAUCGAUGGGCUAGUGGCAAAGGUCCUUUAGCUACACAUUUUAAAUCAGAGGAAGUAAAACAUCUUAUUAGAUCUUUAUUUCAAAAUACUGAAAGACGAGCUGCAGCUUUAGCUAAAAUAAAGUGAUAUCAUUUGUAUGAGAAAAACCUUCAAGUGCCAUCUAAAUAUUUCAUAUUUUAUAAAUAAUUAUAUAAAGAAAGAUCUUUUUUAACACUUUUAUAUAGAAAAUUAAAUGAAUUUGUUUAUUUUGCAUUCUACAUAAUUGUUCAAAUGUUUUCUGGAAUUUUUCUGAUUUGCUAGUAAAACACCAUUCUAAGUGUU